CCGGACACAGGCAUUCUUCGCUGACGACCAGAUACAGAACCUUGCUGAUCUCUGUCAGAAACUAAAAAAGGAGCACCUGCCCGUGGGCUUCAGGGUGGCCGAAGUCAACGUUGAAGACGUGACAGUGAUCAGCAUAAGAAAGGAGGAAGUUAGAGAACCGGCUGGCAUGCCCGUUAUAACCCACAACAUCACCAUAUACGACGACCUUCGCUUCAAGCUGCACUGCCAAGGAACUGAUGUUUCGGUCAAGACAGUCUCUGAUAUCUGUUGCGUGCCUGGAGCGUUUUCAUCAGUGUCAGAAGUGCUGAACGUGAUUGCACGUCUGAAGAGUGUCACUGUGACAGUUGCUGCUCGUCUGUCGGCAGCCACGACGCUCCUCGACACAAUCGCCGAGUCCAGCGAUGGCGAUGUCUGCCCAGUAGUCUCCUUCUGCGCUGAACAACUGCGACUAGUCGCGAAGCCGGCGAACAACAGACGGUGCUCUCAGGAGCUUCUGGGGAACGCAGUGAUUUGGGAGAGAAUGAGUCCCAAAUUGUACAGCACACUUCAACAGUCGCCCUUGCUCUGCAUUCCGCACUCAAAAACCCUCCGUCGACUUACAUCUGCACUGCAGGUUAGCGCCGGACUCGACAGCACGACAAUGGCGUACCUCCGUAUGCGAGUUGAAAAGUUGGCGCCACGAGAGCGGCUUAUCAAUAUGGCUAUGGAUGAAGUCUACUGCGCCCAGACGAUGGAGCUGGCCGGCGGGCGGCUGUUUGGCGAGCAAGAUGGAGCUAUCGCCAAGACUCUGUUCUGUGUCCAUGUGAACUCUGUCGCAGGAACAUACCAGGACAUGAUAUGCAUGCAGCCAGUCCCUCACGUCAAAACAUCCGACAUCAAUGACAUCUUCAACAAAACGCUGAAGGGGCUGACCGAGCUAGGACUCACUGUGGUGUCGGUAACAACUGACAACCACCGCACGAAUCAAGCGUGGCACAGGUCACUCGGCACGGACGGUCACCACCCGGAAUACCUGAUAAAUCCAUACUCUGAUGAUGAGAAGAUUUUCACGCUGUACGAUACAGUGCACGUGUUUAAGAACCUCUAUUAUGGUAUGAUGAGGAACAAAUCACUCCGUCUUCCGCCUCUCCCUGGUUCAGAAGACCAGCGCGACCUAGAAGUCAGCUUCGAUCACAGAGGAUCUAUGAGAUGGAGUAUGGCAACCCGGCCAAGCUUGCGUACAAGCUUACGGACAGAGUCUUGAAUCCAUCAGUUCUGGAGCGUGUCAAUGUGAAGUUGGCAUGGCGGCAGC